AACUACAGCCAGGCGGAGCGACACAUCCUUCACUGCCGACCAGUCCGGAUUGAAGGAGGACAGAGAGACAAGCCGUGAAAGCGAACAGAUGUGAACCGGACUACGGAAAGAGAACAAGCUGCAGUAGAAGACGGAGAACCUCUCAUUGUGCUAAUAUGUGGCAGCCCGCGUCGGAGCGAUUGCAGCACUUCCAGACCAUGCUGAAGACCAAGCUAAAUGUGCUGACGCUGAGGAAGGAGCCGUUGCCCACGGUGAUCUUUCACGAGCCCGAGGCCAUCGAACUCUGCUCCACCACGCCGCUCACAAAGAGCAGGCCCCAUGCUGGAUACAAGGUGGCCUACCUGGGUAAGGUGACUAUAUCGGGGACCCAGUUCCUGUCUGGCUGCACAGAGUCGGCUGUGGUGGGUCUAGUGGAGCAUCGUGCCCUGGCCCAGCUACAGGGCACGUGCCCCGCAGGCAACUCUCUGCUGGAGAUUCGGCCCUUCCAGGUGCGUCUUCACCACCUGGACGAACACGGUGAGGCUUCAUUAACCAUGGACACCUACCAGGUGGCGCGGAUUGCCUACUGCACAGCUGACCACAGCAUCAGACCCAACGUAUUUGCUUGGAUCUACCGGGAGAUCAACGAUGACCUGUCCUUCCAGAUGGACUGCCACGCUGUGGAGUGUGAGAACAAGCUGGAGGCAAAGAAGCUGGCUCACUCAAUGAUGGAGGCUUUCCGCAAGACUUUCCACAGCAUGCGCAGUGAUGGCCGCAUCCACAAGAGUGGCUCAUCAGACGACUUUGCUGAGGACUCAUCCACCCCUGAAGACUCGACCCCAGACGAUGGUUGAAUUGAAACUCACCUAAACUCCUGAUCCCCAUCCUAACAAAGCAAGGGGUGACUGGAAGGAUGGACCGAUUACCUGCUCUCCCUCAUUCUCCCCUACUAUCACUUUCUGUUAUCAAUUUGGAACAAAAUUAACUGACCCUGUGAACCAACACGCCCAGGAUAAUGAAGUAGCUUUUAAAUACUGUAAAGAUGAAAAAGGAGUUACAAGAGAUCUACAUUUAUCAUACAGGAAUAGCAAAGUGCUGCCACUUUGAAUAAAUGGCCCUCAAAGACCCUUUGGGGGCCUUUCAAGCACCUCGGUAAACGCCCUCAAGAGAUUGACUCAACAUUUCCAUUUUCAACCACUGUCACUCCUGCACCCAGCGGAGACACUGUUUGUGGUUCUUAAGCUUUUUCAUUUAGGAAACAACAAACUUAAGUCCCUGUUCUUCUGACCCCAGCUCAUGACAACCUAUUGCUACUCUUGCCAUGUAGGGACCCAGCAGAAAUAGGCCUGUGACCUAUUCUGGGUCCCGACCCAGAGUUUAUGAGACUGUUGGAGCACAUAAAUUCUUUAAAUGUUUAAUUAUGUGGAUCUCUGUUAUAAUGCCUUUGACCUUGGUAAUAGCAAAUGAGGAUGUGAAAGAAAAGAUAAGCCUUUAAGCACUAUUCAUAUCAUCACUAUGGUACCUUAGUCCAUCCCCAAAAUUGUUUGCUGUCAUGUGGACGACGGAGCCAGAGCUUCUACCACUGUCUCCGUUUAAUAGGUACUUAAAGAUUCAAAGUAUGUGUAAGGCACCUGGGAGAAUAUAGGUGCUAAAUAAUUGUUACAUUUUAGAAGUUCUCACUGGGCUGAAAGCCCGGACCUGUCUGCGACACCUUAAUCAUCCACAUCUGACUUCUGUUUUGAGUAUACCAAAAUUCAGGCUGGAUUUUGCCUGUCAGAUUAUGUGCCUCACUUUCCUCUCACAUUAGUUUGUUCUCUUACCCAGGUCCCAGUGUGUAUGUGUGGCCAUCUGUGUGCGUGCCAACGUUUUUUGUUUUUUUCUGCGUGUGUAGGUGUAAUUGCUUACUUCUGUACUUUGUGUAUAUGAAUGUACACGUGAGUGCUUGCAUCUCUGUGUGUGAAAGAGAGAAGAGAAAGAAGAUUAAGGAGGGAUAUUGUAUGAAUAGCCCGAAGGGAGGACUUCUCAUCACCCCGGAAGCAUCCAUUUUUGAUGCUUAAGGAGGCGUUUUAAAAUCUGACAUGGUACUGUGACCAUUUGCCACGUUUUCUUAGUUUUAUCUUGUAUGAAAUGAAAACAUGAGAAUGAGAGUCAGGAUUUGCCAGUCACUGAGGUUGUAGGACCCUAAAAUACAGCUGUCCAAGAUACAACUGACACCUCCUGGCCUCUGCUUGAAUGUAUGAUGAGUCCAACGUGCUGUGAGCACCUCGCACCAUCUUCAGUCACUUCAGUCUCCCAUAAUCUCCUCAUGCUAUCACAGACAGCUGUGAGGAACAGUCAGUGACCGGUUUCACUCUGCUGCCCUGCGUCGCCUCUCUGAGUGACCGAGGUACCGUUGUGGGGCAAAAGCUCAUCAGAGCUCCACACCACUUUCUUCUUUUCUAACUGGACUGUAUUGAACAGACUGGAUGCUAUCGGUGGAAAUCGGUCAGUGACUCAAACAGAAUGACCAGGUGGCACUUACACACACACACACACACUCAAAUAUACACACCUGCAUACAUUUAUACAUAUGUACACAUACAUUGUAUUUGAAUCUUGCUCAAUAAGCUUAUGUAAAUACAAAUGUAUCACUUUCCAAAUAUUACAACAUAAAUGUUGAUAGCUAUUUUAAAUAAUAAAAAAAAUGUUGAGAACCAUCGUACGAUACAGAAACAGUGUUAUAAAGCCUACUGUGAAUAAUAAGUGGAGAGCCUGAUAGCGGUGGCUGUGUGUGUGUGCAUGUGUGUGUGUGUGUGUGUGUGUGUGUGUGUGUGUGUGUGUUUGGAAGGUAUUGUAUGUGGUGGGAAGUGUGGUGAGGAGUAUGUAUGGACAGGCCAGAGGGCGGAGAAUGUUUAUAAAGCUGUAGAUUACUGUGUCAUGUCUGUCUGAAAGCUCAGACGCGCUUUAAAUGUUUGACAAAUGUUACCUUAAGUGUUUUCUAUACAGUGUUUGCAAAGAUCAAGAAACAAUUGCAUAUAAAGUAUUUACCAAGA